AUGGCGUCACGAGGGGAGCAUAUUCGACUCGAUAAGGGGGCACUGGUGAAGAACCACUACGAGGUUGUCACUUCCAUCGGCUCCGGCAACUUUUCGAAGGUGUACCGCGUCAUUGACCUAGAUUUGUCAAUAAAAGAUCAGCGACGCAAUCCGCUGGCGAUGAAGGUGAUCAAGAAGGAGUACAGCAGCGACGCUAAAUACGAGAAGCAGAUGCUGAUUGUGCUGCACGAGCACGACAAGAGCCGCAGCGCGCGUGUGUCAAAGAUGUACGAGUGCUUCGUUUGGCAGGAGUGCCCCGUGUUUAUUAUGCCGUUGCACGGACCAUGUCUACGAAGUCGCCGCCUCGGCGUCAACCGCGGCGUCGUGACGUACGAGAAGCUGCUCGAGUUCAGCUACGACUUGCUGGAGACGAUGGCAUUUGUGCACUUCGAGUGCCAUAUGGUGCACACCGACCUCAAGCCGGAGAACAUCCUCAUCGCCGACAGAAACGUCGCCGACAACUCGAUGGGCGACGAGUGGGUUGUCUGCGACUUUGGGAGUGCGUCACUCUGGCGUAAGGACAAGCUAGACUCAGACCUCAUCGCCACGCGUCCGUACCGCGCACCGGAGGUGUUGCUCGGCAACAAGUGGCACUACGCUGCCGACAUGUGGAGUAUUGGCUGCAUCCUCUACGAGGUUGCCGUCGGUCACCGCCUGUUCGAAAGCCGCGAUGACUUGACUCACCUGCACAUGAUGGACCGCCGCAUCGGCCGCUUGCCGGAGGCCUUUGCGAAACAUUCUAAGUACUCGAGCAAGUACUUCAACUCGCGCGGCGACUUCCUGUCCACCCCAGACGUUAUUCGUUUUUCCAAGUGUCGAUUGACGCCAAUACGCGAAAUGUUCAAGGACGACCGUGAGUUUCUUCACUUGCUCAAGGGGCUCCUCACAUACAACCCAGAUGAGCGCAUUACAGCACCCGAGGCACUGGCUUUGCCCAUCUUUGAUAGGGUCCGCGUCGCUCGCAAGGAGCGACCGCGACAGGCGGACGCGGCUGCCGAGGAACGUCGACAGUGCUGCCACUCACCCGGAGCUGCGGUUCCCAGAGACGGCACGAGCCUGCGGCUCACGGGCCGCAGCGACCACAACACGCUCGAACACAUCAUAGCCGACGCGAAGAACGGCUGCUCCUCGCACGGACGCCACCACCACCAAAAUCACACGAGGGAUGAAACGAGUGGCAACAACAUGGCGGGUAGCCGCUUAGAGGCCGCCCCCGCUCCAUGGCCCGCAGCAGCGUCGCCAGCCGUCGGCUUCUCGCCGCAGCUUGGCAGUCAGGCGUCUGCUGGCACUCCCAGGGAUGCCGCCGCCAUGACGACUACCGCCACGACGUCAGCUGCCUCGCCAACAGCCGAGGAUAUGAACAGCUUCGCUGCGCCUAGUGUCUCCGCACCGUCCGCGACGUCGCUGGGCGAAAAGCGGGUUGCCGAGGCUGCCAGAGUUCGCGGGCGGGCGGCCAGCAUGCCCGUCGUGCAAAGUUGCAGCAGCCAUCAAUGCGGGAGUCUGUUGUCGAGAACGGCGGUGGUGACCAAGGGGGUGCCGCACCAACGCUCCUGCGUCAACGGCUACCACUCCACCUCCACACGGAGCGCGGCGCUCGUGCCGCAGCUUGCUCUCCACCGCUGCAAGGCGUCGACCCUAGCUCCCCACCAUGACACAGCACGGCUGCCGUCGAAGAGCGGGCAGCGCGGCAGCGGGCGAUCAGGUGGGAAGCUCUCGAAUCGCUCCGUGUCUCCGGGGAGCAAAAACCGCAGGAUGACACCACACAAGGGUACUAGCUCCGGUUCACCGCACGGCUGUGGCAGCAGUGCAGCGGGGGAUGGCGGUACCCAACUGAAUGCGUUGAGCUCGCUGAAGAGCCCUCAUCAGAGUCUUCAGCUCGGCCCCGGUGCUGCCAAGAAACCAAAUCGCACGCCGCCACGCUCGUCAGCCACGCCGUGCCGCCUGCUGGAAACUCGCUCUCCGGUCAUCACGCGAUCAUCGAGGAUGCCGGUGAAGGCGUCAUCGGCGGCUGGGCCGUCUCUGGGUUACAGCAUCUGCAUCUCAGACAUCAUCUCCACGCCACCGAAGCAGGCGUUUCGUGCCGAAGCACUGCGGUGCAGUACCGCGGCUGGCCGUUCUCCUCGCAACCGUGUCACGGCGCUUGGCUCCAGGUCGCACAACAGUGUCACCAAGGUGGGCGAGGCAGGCAUGGCGACCACCUCGCGGCUCGGGCCGUCUGUGGCGGCGCCGAAAGCACUUCCUCUGCCGGAGGUGGUGACAGGGAUGAAGACUCCGCGCCAGCAGUCGCUGUCUCCCGACGCGCCUCUAGGUUAUCAGUCCCCCCUCCAGCGCGGCGCCACGGCGGUGGGCAGGAACAUGGAAACAGAGUCGCUUGUUGUGCGAGGCAGCCCGGAUGUGGAUGACAAGCUCCUCGAUGCUGGCAACGCAACCAAAAGCCGCAGCAGAAAGACUACUGGCGACGAGGGCGACCGCGGCCGCAAGCAGGUGGGAUCGCCGGUGGCGACUUCGCUGGCCGUUACGGGGGAUAACAAUCCCGACAAGGUCGGCGGCGGCAACGACGACGACGACUCUUCUCUUGCAUCGCCGAACGCGCAGCUCAGGGGCUCCGUUGCGUCGCCGACAAGUGAGAACUGCCUCAGUAGCUUGUACAACUCAGAUGGCAGUCCCCGUGCCACCGACUACCGCAGCCCCGCGCGCUGCCGCCCGCCUGUGGAGACAUCGACGGGUGACCCAUCUAUGGUAUCGUCGCCUGUCAUGAUGAGCAGGUCAAACGCGCGGUUGAGCAUUUCAGGCAGCGAAUGGCGAGGCUUGGAGGCGGCACCGGGGGGGACCCUCGCUAUGGCGACGGUGAAGAGAGAGCAGCGCAUCAUCGCCGCUGCUCUCGCGACACCGCUGCCGCCGUCCCAGCACAAACCCUGGUCAUCGCAGCUGAGCGAAGUGUUCUACAGUCCGCGCGAGCUUUCGCCCGCUGCGCGAUCGCCGUCCUCUCUCACGGGCCCAAGAUCCACCACGGCGGGCUCUGUCGCGUCCCCGCCUGCCGUGCACACUGUCGAAUCAGGCGAGAAUCCCCAUGAGUUGUUCAGCGCCGUCCCCUUCUCGCGCGCGCAUCGGAGCAGAGCGAACAGCUGCAGCGGCUCCUUCGGUUGCACGCGCGACGCUGCGCCGGCAUCCACAGCGGAUUCACGGUCUCACAUGGUGCCUCCAUCAACAUGCACCAAGUCUGCUGUCGGCAGGUCAGCGCGUGGGUUACCGACGGCACGAACCUCAGUGUCAGCGACAACAGUGUCCACGCCGACCACGCCAACGCACGUGUGUCAGGCGUUCUCUUCAGCAAGCCAGCUCGCCGUGACGACGUCGGUGGACCGGCUCAAGUCGGUGCCGCAGCCCGACGUUGCUGACGUGCGGGGCACCGCACCACCACCGCCACCCGUGGCAGCAUCGCGGCGCGCCGCGACCAAGCCGGGGCCGACACCUGUCGCGGCGACGUCCGUGCCGGCACCUGCGUGCCCAUCACUUGAAGAAUCGACCCCUGUGGCCCCCAGGAACUCCAUGGCAAUGCCACGCCUGCCUGCCGCUCUCACCCGUUCUCGCGAGGUGUCACUUUCGCAGGAGAAAGGGCGCCUUGCAAACCCCGAUACUAUCGCGAGUCCGCCACUGUCGGGGGCGGCGGCAACCCCAUCGACGGGGGCCGCCGGCGCCGCAGCGGUGCUCCAUUCGUCGCAGCAUCUCCCCUACCAGCCGACCCACGGCCUUGUGCACCCCUCCGGCAGCAACAGCCACGUUCUGUCGGAGUCAAAGACAGAGGAGGCGGGCUGCACAACUGCAUCGCAGCCACCGGGCUUGCACAUGCCACGGAGGUCGCUGCUGCUGCCGGGCCACUCACCUACUUGUAGUGUGUCAUCUCCGCUUCCGGCCAUUGCCGCCGCUGCACUAGCAACCGUGACGCCUGCUUUCCCGCUGCCUGAUAAAGCUUAUAGGGCAGGCGAACGGCACGAGACUUUGACCCACAACAGCGGCAGCGUCAGGGUGAAGUCGCUGAACGUGCAGCACCCCUGCGCAUCACCUGGUCUGUCGCUGCGACCCCCGCCCUCGUUGUCGAGCACCAACGUCUCUUUCGAUGUGGCUGCGGGAGCGAAGCCUUUUGGUUCAACCACCGCUAAACUCACCAAUGCCGGCACCAGCAGCCGUCCGAACAGCAACUUCAACAAUGGCGGGUCCAACAAGCCCGGCACCGUUACGUCGCCUUACCCGGCUGCCACCUCGGGCUCGUCUGAGAGCACCUCUUUUCAGGCUGUGUUGCGGUCGCCGCGCAACGCGGCUGUAACAGGGGCAGCGAACGCCAACUCGCUGCGCUCAUCGACGGAUGGUGUGAGCGCAGGGCCUGUGCGCAGCCCGCAUAGCAGCGCCUCUGCGACUACGUCGCCAAAGACAUCAGCGAAAUACCAGCGCACCGGCUCUCCCCGCGGCAUCCCGCCAGCUCUGACGACCACCGGCUCACCCAUCAGCGCGAUCGGUGGGGAAGUAAUGUCGAUUGCGACGGUGUCGCUGCCGGUGCAACCGCACUACCAGCCACCGUCGCAGGUGCAGCAGCAGCCAUCGACAGCGAUGGCGAGUACUGGUGCGGGCCCGAGCAAGCUGUCCAUCUCUAUAGCACCGCGCCACAUGCGGUCGGGAGUAGUGCCAACGCGCAGCUCAAUACAUCGGCAGCCAUUAGGCACGUCUGUAGCGUCCACUCCCCAUCCGAAGGCUUCAGGCUCAAGUGCGGCACCAGGGAGCCUCAAGGCGAACGCGGCUGGCAUCUCAUUGCCGAAGCAGUCCUAUAAGACGAGCUCUGGUACCUUGAACGCAGUUAGCUCGCGCGGCAGCACGGCCAACGCGCCUGUAAAUACGAUUGGUGCGGAUGCCUUGACUCGGCCUACAGCUUCGCAGCCCAAGCACCGCCGCGACGCCCGCACUCUGAGGCGCAUUAUUGUUCCUCGACCCUCGACGUCCUCCCUCUCCCAAGCCAGCCGUGCGGCGUCGUCGUCGCCGGGUGCCGAGGACAGCGGCGAGCAGACUCGCGACAUCUCCGAUAACUCCCAUAUUUCAAAGCAGCACGACAGGGACGUGUCGUUGUGCUCUUCUACGACCCCGAUACCGCUGCCCUAG